UUCACGCCUGGGCACCAAACGGCAAAUACUGAGUAAAAGAAGAAAGAAAGUCGCGGGUGGAGGCCAAGAGGGGAAGCAGAUCACACCGCUAAGGCAAUCCUGAAAAUUCCUGCAUUUGAGUUCUCCAGAAAUGGAUCUGAAUCCUCCUGCAGGGGAGAACUAUGCACACCCUAAUAUAUGUUUCUUUCACGUGGUCUUCAAGGCUGCAGCUUUGGCGUUUUACAUACUUUCAGCUCUAUUUGUUGACAGUUUUGUCAUCAUAUUUGUGGUCACUGUUCUGCUAGCUGCUCUUGAUUUUUGGGUUGUUAAGAAUGUGAGUGGGCGUAUUUUGGUGGGUUUGAGAUGGUGGAAUGAAAUUAACGAUGCGGGUGAAAGUGUGUGGAAAUUUGAGUCCCUCGACCAAGAGUCAUUGGCUCGCAUGAAUAAGAAGGAUUCUUGGCUUUUCUGGUGGACCCUAUACCUUACAGCGGUUGCUUGGAUCUUCCUCGCUAUAUUCUCGCUUAUUAGGUUCCAAGCUGACUAUCUCCUUGUUAUUGGAGUGUGCUUGACACUCAGCAUUGCAAAUAUUGUUGGGUUUACAAGAUGCCACAAAGAUGCGAAGAAGCAGCUUCAAGCAUUUGCCACUCAGACCCUUGCCUCCCGGGUUUCGUCCACCAUUCAGUCUGCAUUUACUGUUUUUUGAUGAAAUCCUCCCAGUAGAGUCGCUCGCAGGAUUGGGCACACAGACCAAACAACUCUUGAAUAAUAAUAGCCAACUUGAAGGAGGGCUUUAUAUGCAUAUGUUUUUCAUAUAUAUUUUUUUGACUAGUAUAGGCUCGGUGCAUGUGGCGAAAACUGGAAACGAACGUAAAAAUUGGUUUGGACACAAAAAACCGUACUUAUUUCAUGUUAUGCACGAGGGUUUUGUAACGUUUUUUGAGUUCCAAAUGGACGCUAAUCAAUAUGGACAUACCAUGGGGAUAGGAUAAAAACAUACAAUCGAA